AUGAGGGCCAGCGACACUCGUGGCUUGAGCAGCCCAUGCUCUACUGAUGGGAUAACUUCUCCCAACGGAUCUCCAGAUACCAGAAUCACGGCCUUUUCACCCGACGAUGUACGAUCAAAACCUCGGCCUGAGUCCAGCGCCAGUGGCCCGUUGAACGACUCGGGGCUUCGAAAGAUCUAUUCGGUGAACACUUCUGACCCGUUUCUGGUGUCAACAAGCUCCUCUAACAGGAUUCAACUUUCUCCAACGGCUGCAAGCUUUACGCCGACGGCGGUCUCAGACACGGCGGACCUUGAUAGCCAGCCUCGAUUCGUCGCAAGUGCAUUCAUGUCUGGUGCUGAAAACACUCGCGCGAGUUUCAUUGAGCAGACCGUGUCUGAUCACGAGGCCUUUAGCCCUGUCCAGAGUAACAGGAAGAAUAACUCAAUGGGCGUUGUUCUCGAUAGAUUUGAUGCCGAAAGAUGUAGUCGGGCUCUGGUCAUAGAGAAUGUUUCCGCAAACCUUACUUAUAUGGCACUCGCUGGGUUCUUCAAUCGCCGUGAAUUCACAACGCUGAAGGGACCUGUUCUCACAGAGCUUAGUUCCUUGGGCAAAGUAUACGUCGCAUUCACAGACAGUCGUGAGGCAAAGAAAGCUUUAGAGAAGAUAUACCUUCUCCGACCAGAAUGGCGUGUGUUUCCUCUUACAGCCAGGGAAUACGUGCAGCGGUUGGAGCCGUCUCUUCUCUCUCAAACCUCAGACUAUGAAGGCCAGUUGCUCAUAACAGUUUACUAUGAUAGCCGAAACCCCAGCUUGAAUCAGCAAAGUGUGGCCCGCUCUCUGGAGACGCUCACGGAGACAUUUGGCGAUAUCAAAACCUUCCAGUUGUUACCCAGUGGACAGGAAAACAUGGGGCAGUUUCAUCUUGAGUUUUUUAAUACCCGCGAUGCUGAGAACGUGAUGACUACCCUUAAUAGGACCUCUGUUGAUGAUUGCGUUCUAGAAGUCUCACACUUCAAGCCCGAUACGGAGGAUUCUGCCUUCCUUUCCGCCGUUUCAAGCCCAUCUCCAGGGAAGGAUGAGUUCUCCAGAAGUGAGGUUUCGUCCAACAGAAACGCAUCUUGGACCCCAAGUCGACCAAAUCGAAUCCCUUACAUGGAACUUAGUCCAACUGGGCGCUCUACCGUCCCCCCGGGUGAGCAUGCCGAUCUCAUGGAUUGGAUGUCUAGGGCGGGAGAAAACGUCAUGCCUUCACCCCGGCGUGAGAUGAGCCAGUACUCUGAUCUACGAGUGACCAAUCAAAAUGCUGUAGAUACAGAGCGUAUCCGUCUUGGCCUGGACGUCCGAACUACGAUCAUGCUCCGAAAUAUCCCAAACAAGAUUGACCAGACUAUGCUGAAGACUAUUGUUGACGAGACAAGUCACGGGAACGUCGGCUAUGCUUUCAUCAACUUCGAGGACCCGAUCGACAUUAUCGAUUUUGUUAACGUACGAGCGGGGCGCACCUGGAACUGUUUCAACAGCGAUAAGGUAGCUGAAGUAUCGUAUGCGACGAUACAAGGCAAAGAUUGUCUCGUGCAAAAAUUUCGGAAUAGUUCGGUGAUGUUAGAGCAUCCAUCCUUUCGCCCCAAAAUCUUUCAUACCGGCAGUGGAUCCCUUGCCGGCUCCGAGGAUCGUUUCCCAGGGCCCGACAACCCUUCAAAGAUGCGCCGCAGUAUUGAAAAUGCUGAGCAUGUUGGUUUAUUUGCCCCGCGGGUUGGACAGCAAUACCGUGAUGAGCAGCGGCGCCGUCGUUCACAAUAUGACCGCGGCACUACCGCUGCCGAAAGGGAAAUUGUGUACGUCCGAACUCUUACUCCCAAGUACACUUCUGGUCUGAACAGUGGCCUAAGAAGUGCCCCUUGCACUUACCCUGGUAUGAAAAUAUGGGCCUUCUCAACGGUUGUCGCAGACGUGCAAUUUUCUACAGUCGGCACAGUACUUUUGGCCACGUUGGCUCGUCUUGCAAGAGUAACGGGUAUUGACAAAGAACUGAAUACCAUAUUCCGGGCAGACAAAGCCAGCAAAAGUAGAGCCCUAUCUGUAGGCCCUCGGAAUAACGAGGACCUCGGGGAACUACUUACGCGGAAGCCACACACCCCGCUGCCUAAGAAGCCUGAGUCUGGCAUCAAAGCUUCCGAUAUGGCAAACCUGGGGACUGCCUCGGAUACAGCGAGCGCAGCAAGUGUUGUGCAGUCGAAAAAAGCAAAAAAGCGGAAGAAAAAAGAUGCGAUCGAUGAUCUCUUCAAUGGCUUGCUAUAG